AUGGCCAAGCGCAAGAGAGAGGAAACCUCCAAGGAGUCUCGGGCUCCAGCUAAACCAUCCAAGACCGUCAAGCCUGCCACUGCCACUGCCACUUCGAAAACUUCCGCAUCCUCGACGGCAGAUACUUCGGCGCUCACGCUGCAAAUCAUCACGGGUUCUUACGAUCGAAUCCUCCAUGGCUUCACGGCCGGGGUCUCGUCCAACUGUUUUUCGUCUGCGGAAUCUAAAGACACUAGCGCUAAACCCAUACAAUUCACGGAUACAUUCCUUUUCGAGGCUCAUUCCUCCGCCAUCCGAUGCCUGGCCUUGUCUCCUCUGUCGAAGACGGAAUCCACCGACGAGGCGCAGAGGAUCACUCUGGCGACUGGUGGAACCGAUGAGCGCAUCAACCUUUACUCUCUAUCCAUGGCCCCUCCCGCAGUGAACGACCAGUUUCCCUCUAUCCCAACUCUCAGCGGUAACAAGAUCCUCGAAAACCCUAAGAAUCGGGAACUGGGGUCGCUUGUUCAUCAUUCGGCCAGCAUAUCUGCCCUGUAUUUCCCAUCUCGCUCGAAGCUUUUGACCGGUUCUGAGGACAACACCAUCUCCAUCACCAAGACUCGUGAUUUUACCGUGGUGUCUACUAUCAAGGCGCCCCAUCCCAAGGUGCAAGGAAGGCCCAGCGGAGACACUGCUCCGCUCGGGGGCUCGCCUUCGGGUGUCAAUGACUUCGCCGUGCAUCCGAGUAUGAAGCUGAUGCUGAGUGUUGGAAAGGGGGAAAAAUGUAUGAGACUUUGGAACCUGGUGACGGGAAAGAAAGCAGGCGUGUUGAACUUCACCCGGGAGAUGUUGCAGGGUGUCAAGGAAGGUAAAUGGAGUACCGGAGAGGGAAGGAAGAUUGUUUGGAACACCAAGGGCGAUGAGUUUGCCGUCGUGUUCGAAUGGGGUGCCAUUGUCUUCGGAAUUGAUUCGGUUCCCAUCUGCAGGCUCAUGCCCAGCCCCCGGAGCAAACUUCAUCAGAUCAAGUAUGUUCCUCUAGACCCAUCAGUCGAGGACAGUGAAGAGCUACUCGCAGUCUCGACUGAAGACGGAAGGGUUAUCUUCUACUCCACCAAGAAGACACAGCCCGCCGAGAACGACCCAGACUGCUCGAUUCCGCUUGCCGAGUCUGUCGCUCAACUUGGUGGACGAGCCCACGGCUUCUCCGGAAGAGUCAAGGACUUUGAGAUCCUCAGUCUCAGGGACCAACCGUCGCUGCCCAAGGAUGAUUUCCUCGUGGUGACCGGGAACAGUGAGGGGAUUGUCCGUAUUUGGUUGCUCCGCGGGGAAGAGCUCGUUGAAAAGAAGGCAAACAAGAAGAGCUCGAAAAAGUCCAAGAAGGAGGACGAAAAGAGCGCUACAGUCGCGCAAGUUGGAAAGUUCCUGAGCGAGGUGAAGACGGACAAUCGGAUUACCUGCUUGAAAGCGUUUGUUAUGUUGCCUCCUGAAGAUCCGUCGACGCUUCAGGUCCCUGAAGAUGACUCCGAGGAGGAAGAGGAAAGCGAUGAUGUUUCGGAGAGCCAUACCGAAGUAUCAGAUCGCCUCCUCCAGCAAUUUUCAUCCACACCCCCUCCACCCCAUUAUUUACGCUACGGCAGUGACUCCGACACCGUCACUUCCUCCCUCCUCCCUACCUUAAUUCUACCUGUCGCUGUUUCUGGAUAUCCUAUCGCAAUCAUGGCUACCAACGGCGAUUUCUCCGACGAGGAGUCCCAGCCUGGCUCCCCCAUGCUGGAUGCGAACGGUCCUGAUGACAUCGAAGAGCAGGAGGCUCUUGACGAGAAGCCGCCCAAGUCUGCGUUGAAGAAUGCUGAGCCCCCUCUUGCUCAUCAGAAGCGCCCCGAGCUGCCCGAACAGCCCAACCCGGACACCCUCGACCUGUCGACGUUGACUCCUUUGUCGCCUGAAAUUAUCGCGCGCCAGGCCACCAUCAACAUUGGUACCAUCGGCCACGUCGCUCACGGGAAAUCCACGGUGGUGAAGGCUAUCUCGGAGGUUCAGACUGUCCGAUUCAAGAAUGAGCUGGAGCGGAAUAUCACGAUCAAGCUGGGUUAUGCCAACGCGAAGAUCUACAAGUGUGACAACGCCGAGUGUCCCCGGCCGACAUGCUUCAAGAGUUUCAAGAGUGAGAAGGAGGUUGACCCGCCGUGUGAGCGACCCGGAUGCGCAGGCCGGUACCGCCUGCUGAGACACGUUUCUUUCGUCGACUGCCCCGGUCACGAUAUUCUCAUGAGUACUAUGUUGUCAGGUGCCGCCGUCAUGGACGCUGCCCUUCUAUUGAUUGCCGGAAACGAAACGUGCCCCCAGCCCCAGACGUCAGAGCAUUUGGCGGCCAUCGAAAUCAUGAAACUCAGCCAUAUCAUCAUCCUGCAGAACAAGGUGGAUCUGAUGAGGGAAGACGGUGCUCUGCAACACUACCAGUCGAUUCUGAAGUUCAUCCGUGGUACUGUUGCCGAUGGCUCCCCCAUCAUUCCCAUCUCCGCGCAGCUGAAGUACAACAUCGACGCUGUCAACGAGUACCUCGUCUCCCACAUCCCGGUCCCCAUGCGUGAUUUCACCGCUUCGCCCCACAUGAUGGUCAUCCGUUCCUUCGAUGUGAACAAGCCCGGUGCCGAGAUCGAGGAGCUGAAGGGUGGUGUUGCUGGUGGUUCCAUCCUCACCGGUGUGCUCAAGCUGGACGACGAAAUCGAGAUCCGUCCCGGUCUCGUCACCAAGGACGAGAAUGGCAAGAUCCAGUGCCGUCCCAUUUUCUCCCGGGUCGUCUCCCUGUUCGCCGAGCACAACGACCUGAAGUUCGCAGUCCCCGGUGGAUUGAUUGGUGUUGGUACCCGCGUGGAUCCCACCCUGUGCCGUGCUGAUCGUCUCGUCGGUUUCGUCCUGGGUCACCGUGGACGUUUGCCUGCCAUCUACACUGAGAUUGAGGUCAACUACUUCUUGCUCCGCCGACUCCUGGGUGUCAAGACCUCCGACGGCAAGCAGGCCAAGGUUGCCAAGCUCAGCAAGAACGAGGUUCUCAUGGUUAACAUCGGUUCUACGGCUACCGGUGCUAAGGUGCUUGGUGUCAAGGCCGAUGCGGCCAAGCUCAGCUUGACCAGCCCUGCCUGUACCGAGGUUGGUGAGAAGAUUGCCAUCAGUCGGAGAAUCGACAAGCACUGGCGUCUGAUCGGGUGGGCCAACAUCGUUGCUGGUAACACCCUCGAGCCUAUCCUGAACUAA